GUGGUAGUGAUCGGGAACGUGGCCCCAAUUCAGUCCGUUAAGUUGUAAUUACAGCGUUAUUAUCAAGUGGCGCAUCUGAAAACGUCAUCAUUAUCUCUUUAUCUCAUACGCUUACCGCUUCAGGAAGAGAACUAGGCUACACAUCUAGUCCAACCUGAAAUAAACUAGAAUUGUUUAUGUCUAAGUGAAGGGGUUUAUUUUGCCGAAAUGGUGGCAGGUGAGUUUCUUCAGGAGCAGCAUGUUCUGCCCGACAGCACACCUGACGGCGGUGUCACUGAAGGAAAUACAGACGAGGACAGCGGCUACAAGGAGCUUUCCAAUGGACCGGUCCAUAUAACGCUGGAUCCGAAGGCGUUGGAACAGGAGCUUCCACCUCCGGACGAAAAAGAGGCGAUGCUGCCCGGCGAACAGAAUAACAAAGCCCUGGAGACGAGACUCUACUGGAGGCGGUUUGCCGUUCUCGCGGUGUUCAGCCUCUAUUCGCUCGUCAACGCCUUUCAGUGGAUCCAGUAUAGCAUCAUUACCAACAUCUUCAUGGACUAUUAUAAUGUAUCAAGCAUCGCGAUUGACUGGCUCUCCGUGGUCUAUAUGGUCGCGUAUGUGCCUUUAAUCUUCCCCGCGACGUGGCUGUUGGAUAAGAAGGGGCUGAGGAUGACGGCGUUGUUAGGGGCCGGACUGAAUGCCCUGGGCGCGUGGGUAAAGUGCGCCAGCGUGGGGCCAGGCCUGUUCUGGGUCACCAUGACCGCCCAGAUCAUAUGCUCUGUGGCUCAGGUGUUCAUCCUCGGCCUCCCCUCCAGAAUCGCGUCGGUUUGGUUCGGCCCGAGAGAAGUUUCCACGGCCUGUGCCACAGCUGUGUUGGGCAACCAGCUUGGUGUAGCCAUCGGUUUCCUGCUCCCACCUGUACUGGUUCCCAACACAGCCGACGACAAAGAUCUCAUGGGCCACAACAUCAGCAUAAUGUUCUAUGGAACAGCUGGAGUUUCAACUCUGCUCUUCCUUCUAACAAUAUUUGUAAUUAAGGACAGACCUCCACUCCCACCCAGCAAAGCACAAGCUGUUCUCUCCACCGGUCCAGCUGAAGACUAUUCAUACAAGAAAUCAAUCAUCAACCUCUUCAAGAACAAGCCCUUCAUUCUGCUCCUCAUCAGCUAUGGCAUCAUGACCGGAUCGUUCUACUCUGUAUCUACACUUCUCAAUCAAAUGAUAAUUUCGCAUUAUCCGGCUUAA